AAUCAAUCACAAUUUCAUUGCUGUCAACAUUUAGCCACGUUUAUAGGAAAUCAGGUAAUCACCUCCGUCAUCCCUUCUCUACACCCCAAAUCUCGUAGACAAAACAGCGAAUAUCCGAUAAAGCGUUCUUUUUCUGUUUUCACUCCGAAGUACUCUCUACUGGACGACAACAGCAAUCUUGUAUUGUUGAACAACAACGACUACUAGAAAUAUCAUUACCUACAAUACUUGUUGUUGUUAUCCAACUAGACAACAGGAUGGAUCGUGUCAACGAGGAAAAACAGCAUGGUGCCGAGCACCAUUACAAGAAGAAGGUGUUCCGGAGUGCCAAGCCCGAGAACGAUGACUCGCUCAUCGACUUCUCCGCUCACAUCCACGGCAACAAUCGUUUUCACCACACGCGAACGCACAACCUGAACAAACCGCGAAAUGGUAUGUUCAUCCACAUGUUACUGACGGCGAUAAAAAGGAGGACAUUUUUGAAAUCUCUGCUCAACCCGUCAAUAUAACAUGUCUGUUGUCUGGUGUUUCAUGGGGCCUGGAUAAAUAACAGUUGUAUCUGGUGUAAAGAGUUUUGCUUGACGACAAACCGCAUGCCGCUCGAGAGGCCAGUGCUUCUGUAAGCUCUGGCAAAUGCAAAGCUAAGUACCGUGGCUGUCGCAUUUUGAUGUCUACCGUCACCUGUCAGCAGGAGACAAGUGAACACAAGCUGCUUCUAUAUGAAAAAUUGACAUCAGCAGAUCAAGGCGACAGCUCACAAAACGUCUGAGAUCCCAAUUUGUAAUCCCAGUUUUAACCCAAACAUGAGAUCCGGGUUGCUCCUUGCCACGGUUUGACUCCAACUUGAUGUCUUGGCCGUUUUUAAGAGACCCUAGAGUAAACCUGAAACACGUUUCCUUGAUAUGGAGCACUGCUGUUUCGUUUUGAAACGUGUGCUUUGUAGUGCGAGACUGUUUCUACACAUCACUUCUUGCUGAGAAGCACUAGUACCGCUCACGGUCCCUCUGCGCACGACGGCGCUUGUCUUUAUACUGAGAACAACGUUGACGACUCUCUCACCACAAAUUUCACACUUGCCUUCACUGACUCUAACCACCAGGUUCUCUUUGCAUCACCUCUACCCUGCACUUUCACAAACCCCUCUACCAGGUAAAGCUCCCCGUCACGGCUACCACCGACCAGAGAAGCAAGCUGCUGGCUAUGCGAAGAAGCUGGAUGUCCUGCCCUCCGAAAUUGACAAGCAGAUACGCGAGGACACGGCUCCAGGCUUUGAUGAACUCGAACAAGAACAACAUUUGUUCUCCGAGGAGCCGCAUCGAUUGCUGAAAGGCAGUGCGUCGAUGUCGAGCGAAAUGUCGAGCACCUCUUCGUCGGAAGGUGGAAGUCUGGGGUACUUAUUACUCAUGCUGGUGUGAUUUGGUUUCAUGUGUCUCCAAUUACAGCUUUGAUGCUUGUAUUCGUUCGUCGUGAGGUUGCUCUUGUGGAUGUUCCAAAUUGGAAUUGAUCAACAAUCCAGCUUCCCUUCAUUUUGUAUCAUCCAGUCUGCACACUCUCACAGAUCCCUUUCGGAUAUCAACGGCAGCCCGAAGUGAGCCUCUUGUUGGCUGCGCGGCAACGGGAGGAGGACUACUUUCUCUUUGAGAUGUUGAUGCUUCCGUUCGGAGUUCGAAGAACGAACUGGGUGGACUUUCCUGAACGUGUAAGAAAAGGUAACUUAGAUUAAUCUCAUAUCUGGUGAAAAACUGUGACUGUGUGUAUCUAGGCUUCCUGGGCAUAUGGGUACAGGCAUUGUUCCUUAUGUCGGACUCCAGUGCUGUUUUUGGAGAAUGUAGUUGGUCACUUUGAAGACUAGUUUGAUACAGCAGCUCAGAAUAUCGGAGUAUUUGUAAGCUGUUUUAAACACCGGUACAUGUUGUGGCGUGUCAUUCGUUCUAGAGAUGCCCUAUCACUCGUGGUAGAGCAUCUCUUGACUGGUGUCGCGUCCAAGUUUUGGGCAACCUUUUUUGGAAUGAUUUCCAUCAUGUUUUCUCAUGGUUUAAAAAUUUGAUGUUUUAAACAGCAUUAGAACAAGAAGAAGAAGGUGCGAUCGUUUGAACAAUUUGAAGUUAACUCAUAAUGAUAAAGUUUUGGAUCUGGAUAAUGAUGAUGGCCAUAAAAAAGGCAGUAAUCGCUUUCUAACCUGCUUGCUCCGCAGCGAAGGUUUUCAAGCUUUUGCUGCUCGCAGAUAGACUCCCAAUUCAAUGAAGAAGCUCACUCUAUUCGCAUUCGCUAUGUAUUAGAACAGCUCUAACAUUUAAGAUAAAGAACAAGGACGCUCAAAUGGCUCACCUAAGAACAAUUCCUGACUACGAGCACAGCUUUUCAGCUGCUGAAUCUCGUUCGCGGGCGUGGGCUGUACUAUGCCCUCGGAUGAAAUGAAGCCUGCGCUCUUGUUUCAGAGCAGAAGCCUAAACUUAUAUCCUUUCUUAAAAUAAGUACAAGCAUAGUGACCACGCGGGCCCUCAUCCUCACUUAUUUUUCAAUAGACCGCUAAAGUUUCGAGCACAGCUUAUAGCAUAGCUCUUAUAGUUGCAGACUGGCCUUGUGUUGUUCUUAGUAAGUAGACUGACCUGAUGGGCUGUGGUGGCUUUCGGGAGGGUCUGGACUUUGCGAGGGGGAAGCCCGGACUUCGCGCCUCAGUGCUCGCCCCUCCGUGCGCCUCUGCAAGAAGAUGCGUCCAGACCUUCGGCGCAUUCACGCGCCCUUCCACAUCGAGGGGCGUCCAUCUUCUAAGAGUCAGUUUUCUUGUUUCAAAAAAUUUGUAAAAAACAUCGAUUAAAAAAACAAAAAAAGCUCUGGUCGUAUAGAUGGACCCAUUCUCUUUCGCUCUUACACCUUAUAUCUAGAUGUGCCUUUGCAGCGGCGGCCUUGACCUUCGAGACGUUUUCCAGAAGAAUUAUAUUUCGUCGCCUAAUACCCUGAAGAUGAAAGCCAGGGAAGACUAAUCAGCAUAGUGCUCACCUGUAGCCAUGGGAUAGGUUUAUUAGGGCGGUGAGGAAAUGCCAAAGACUAUCGCUAGAGGUGAGUCACCUUGAGUGAUAUCUUACGAGGAAGCAUCAGCAAGAAGAAGAAGGCUUACAAGCUAACUAGAGAGGAGCGGCAUCAACCUUCGCAAGAAGGAGCCGAGGGUCAAGGUCUCUGGCUGACACGCAGGGCGUGGUGGUUUAUAAUUGCUCUUAUUUUUCUUCAAGUUCUUUUUUAGUCCCUGACGCGGGACGUUCUUCCACGGCCUCCGCCUCCUUGAUCAUGCAAAGGAGGCAGAGUUCUUCUUAUAUCUGCUCAGUGUAGAAGAAGCUCCUCGUUGCAAUCGAUAACCGGGUAUGUUAACGUCAUCGGGCUACUGGUGUGCUAUACGACUAUGGUAGUUGGGGGCGAGCUCGUUGCGCUUAUCUAGUGCAUAGACAAGGCAAUGCUGUGCAUCUAAUGUCAUGUGCUAUAUACCAGCCUCUGCGCGUACCUUCGACAUUGCAGGGAACCCGGGACGCAACGGCGAGACCUCUUGGCUUCAAUAGUUACUCUUCUCUUUACUUUGUGUAGGUCUAUCUGAUUAGGGUGUUGUUUAAUUAUACCACUUUCUUCAUGCGAUGGAGGUCGUGGUAUAGUGGUGAGAGUGCCGGCGUGUCGCUAGUUGUAAGCUCUUCUACUAGUAUUGGAAUAAUUAUCACAUAGGAGGCGUACUAACAACUACAACUAUUACUAGAACAUCAACGAGUCUAAUUUCUGCACAACUUUUCCAUUGGAGGAGUUAGGUGAACGCACUAUAUGCGCGCUCGUCUUUUUGUCGUCUGGUAGACUGCCUGACGAUCACUACCGCUGGCUCUAGGCUUUCCAAGCUUUUUCCAAGCUUUGAGUCAUCAUCAUCAUCAUCAUCAAGGUGGCCGGCAGCAGAUGAGCGCCACCGCCAUCAUCGUCAUGUCUAGGCAGCGUGUAGGGUUCCUCAUAGUUUCCAGCGGCACAAUGCUUGCACUAGCCACUAUCACAGUAGUACAACUAAACUAGGACUUGUAUGGAUUGUCAGUCGUCCCUAGAAAGAAUCGCGUCAUACUUCGUUCGCUUACUCUCGUUUGAUGGUUUGCAUGUUUUUCCACGACACUCAUCAUGAAGAAUUUCUGGCUGGCUAGAAUCAUUUCUGUUCUAAGUUCGAUUGGGUGAAUGGACUUAGAUACCCUGUGGGGCGGACAGGUAACAAGAUUCGGUUCGUGCAGUUCUCAGCGUGGUACACAGAAGGGGGGACUUCAUAAAACUGGGGGGAGGAUGAGUGACCAGAGAACAGCAGAACGGCCAAUAUAUAGACACUGUUUCACAUGAUCCGAUAUGAAAAAUUUCUACAUAUGUCCCAAGGGAUUCACAUAA